UAAGAUAAGAAAAUUUUCAAAAUUAACCUCAAUGAGUAGUUUAUUUACUUCAAUUGUUGUAUUGUUGUAUUUUUUUACUAAUAUUCAACUAAAGAUAUAUGCAUUAACAAGCUUGUACAUUUAAAAUGGGAAGAUUAUUGUGAAAUAGAGGGAGUAUAUUUCCAACUUUGCAAAUCUCAAGUAACUUUUGCUUAUGAAGGUUCUCAGUCCUCUCCUUUGUCAAAUCAGUGGCGGCUGAGAUUGACCAUAUCAAUCCAAAGUAUAUUUCUUUAUUGACUUUUUUCCUCCAGGUUGGGACCCUUGGAUCAAUAAUUUUUUUUCUUAUACUAUUAAGUAGAGUAAAGCAUCAUCUUGUAUUCUUAUAAUUAUUAAAGAAAAAAACAAUACCAAAUAUCACAUUUCAUAUACAAGUAGUAUAUCUUAAUUGGCUUUACAUGGGGAUCUUCACCAAAAACUUACUAUCAUCAUGUUCAGUGUUUUGCAAAAUCUUUUUCAUUAUUUUGUUUACCUGUCAGUUCAAUUCCUCCAUAGCCAUGAAUAAUGAGACAGAUCGACUUGCCUUGCUUGACUUGAAAGCCAAGUUUCAUGACCCCCUCGGAGUGAUGAAUUCAUGGAAUGAUGCUGUCCAUAUCUGCCAGUGGUAUGGUGUUACCUGUGGGCGUAGAAACCAGAGGGUUGCAGCAUUGCAGUUGCAGUCUUGUGAACUGGGAGGCUCAAUCUCACCAUUUAUUGGGAAUCUAAGCUUUUUGGUGGACCUAGAGCUCUACAACAAUAGCUUGGUUGGUGAAAUACCAUUUGAGAUUAGUCGUCUGCACAGGUUACAAUAUCUUUUGCUGCACAACAAUUCUAUUGAAGGCCAAAUUCCGUCCAACAUAUCAAGUUGCUCCAACCUUAUUCAGCUCAGAGUUCCCAACAAUAAGUUGGUUGGAAGGAUUCCUAUCGAACUGGGAUACAUGCCAAAUCUCCAGUUCCUCUCUCUUGAUAACAACCACCUGUCAGGAAGUAUUCCUGCAUCUCUGGGGAAUUUAUCUUCUCUGUCUAAACUGUCAAUAACAGAUAUCGGCUUGGUUGGGUCAAUCCCAGAUAGUCUAGGCAAAGUAAAGACUCUGACUGUUUUAUCACUCUUUAACAACUUAUUGUCUGGAACUGUCCCUUCUUCAAUAUUCAAUCUUUCGAAAUUGGUUGGUUUAGAUUUAGGUUUCAAUAAUUUUCAAGGAAAUCUUCCAUCAGACAUAGGCAUCACUCUGCCUAAUCUCAGAAUCUUUUAUGCUGGAAAUAAUGGCUUCACCGGGUCAAUCCCUGCUUCUAUAUCCAACUCCUCAAAUCUUGAACAACUUCAACUGGAUGAUAUUGGUCUUACAGGAAAAGUUCCUUCUCUGCAGAACUUGCAAAACCUUUUUCGACUAAGUAUUGGUGGAAACUUUCUUGGAAGUGGCAGGGCCGAUGAUUUAGGCUUCAUCUCCACUUUGACCAAUGCCACCUCACUAGAAACAUUUUCCAUUGGAGACAAUAGAUUCGGUGGGAUGUUUCCUAAAGUUUUCUGCAAUUUCUCUACUACUCUGAGAUUAUUGAAAAUGGGUUACAAUACUUUCACUGGCCAUAUUCCACCUUGCCUAGGAGAUCUCGUCAACUUGCUGGUUUUCAGUGUAAGGUUCAACAAACUCUCAGGUAAUAUAACCCCGCAAUUAGGGAAGCUUCAGAAACUGGGUUCAUUAUUUCUAAAUCACAAUCACUUCUCAGGCAAUAUUCCAUCUUCUCUAGGAAAUAUCACACAACUUACUCUUCUUGAUCUUUCUGAAAACAAGCUCCAAGGUUGUAUUCCCUUGGCUCUUGGAAAUUGCCAAAACUUGCUACAAUUCAGCCUUUAUCGAAAUGAUCUAAAUGGUAGCAUCCCUCCCCAGCUUCUGAGUCUUCCACUCUCGGCGUAUAAUAUAAUUUUGUCCAGUAACCAUCUCACUGGGGCCCUCCCAGCUGAAGUAGGGAGUCUGAAAAAUCUUGUUAAAUUGGAAAUAUCAGACAAUAUGCUAACAGGAGAGAUUCCUAGCAGCCUUGGCGAAUGUUUUGGACUACAAGACUUAUUUAUGGAAGGAAAUUUAUUCCAGGGGGCUAUACCUUUGUCUUUGAGCUCACUAAAAGGUCUUCAACAGUUAGAUCUUUCUAACAACAACUUAUCAGGUGGAAUUCCAGUUUUUUUGGCAAGCUUCCCAUUACAAAAGCUGAAUUUGUCCUAUAAUAAUCUUGAGGGUGAGGUACCAGUGAAUGGAAGCUUCAGUAAUUCUAGUGUAGUUUCUCUACUGGGAAACAGAAAGUUGUGUGGAGGCAUCUCGGAAUUAAAGCUUCCUGAAUGUAAUUUCAAGAGAGACCGACAAAGGAAAUCAAAGCAUAGGCAAAAAUUGGUAAUUGCUGUUCUUUUUGAAUCUCUGGGAGCAAUCAUGCUGGUAUCUUUUUUACUAGCUUUGAUAUACAUUGUUCGGUAUAAAAAGAAGACUAAAUUACCCACACCCUUGGGUACUUUUUCAGAGAAUUAUCCGAACUUGUCUUACCAAACACUUUUAAAAGCCACAAACGGGUUCUCUUUAGACAAUCUGAUUGGGAGAGGCACAUUUGGGGCUGUAUACAAGGGGAUCCUUGAUGACCUGGAACCAUCAGUUGUUGCAAUCAAGAUUUUCAACCUUGAGCAACAUGGUGCCUCCAAGAGUUUUAUGGCUGAAUGUGGGGUCCUCCGGACCAUUAGACACCGGAAUUUGGUCAAGGUCAUUACUGCUUGCUCAAGUGUUGAUUAUCAAGGGAAUGAUUUCAAGGCUUUGGUUUAUGAGUACAUGGUUAGCGGAAGCUUAGAAGAUUGGUUGCAUCCAGUGGCAAAUGAUGUGGUGGAGGAUACAGAUACUGCACCUAGGUUAAGUCUACGACAAAAACUUGAUAUUGUAGUUGAUGUUGCUAGUGCCUUGGAGUAUCUUCAUCAUCAUUGUGGUGCACCCAUAAUUCAUUGUGAUCUCAAGCCAAGCAAUGUCCUCCUAGAUGAAGAAUUGGUUGCCCAUAUUGGCGACUUUGGGUUGGCUAAAUUUCUCUCAGAGAACAUCGGUAGCUCUAAUGCAAACCCAUCUAGCUCUCUUGGAGUCAGGGGAACUGUUGGUUACGCUCCACCAGAAUAUGGUUUGGGAAAUGAGCCGUCUACCAAUGGUGAUGUCUAUAGUUUCGGAAUUCUACUACUGGAGAUGUUCACAGGAAGAAGGCCUACUAAUGAUAUUUUCAGUGAAGGAAUUAGCCUUCAUCAGUAUGUGAAAGAAGCUCUACCUGAACGAGUGAUUGAAAUUCUAGAUCAUGCCCUUGUUAAAGACGUAGACUCUGAAAAGACUGAUAGCAGCUUGGCAUUGGAGAUCCUAACUUCUGUACUUGGAAUUGCGUUGUGUUGCUCAACUGAGGUCCCACAAGAAAGGUUGGGUAUGAUUGAUGUCACUGCAAAGCUAUCAUCAAUAAGAAACAAGCUUCUUGGAAGCUAGAUUACGUUAGGAAUAUAUGAAAAUAUAUUAUUAUGAAAAAAUUUCUUGUAUUCCUAACCUAUUACAACAAUCAAGGAGAAUUCGUGCAGGUAAUGUAUCAACUACGUACCAUACUGAUGAUAAAAAGAACCGCAGAAUUAUUUAUGUAAAUUGUAAUGACCAAUUUGUAAUAUUCGGGUAAUGUAUCACAAUAAACAAUUUUAGUCCCUUAUCUA